CGGUUGUGUUUCGCGCGGCAUUUUUGUAUCCCAUAGUACUUUUUUCUCUCUUUUUACUGGGCAUAUGCUCCACGGUUGAGGCAAAACCCACUGCAACAAAGUAGUGCGAGUAGUGUAUGUAUUAAGAAAAAAAAAAGUUGCAGUCGUCGUUCUUCAUCGAAAUUCGAUUCGAUAGAAAAGAAAAAUGGAAUUUUCUUUUGAGAAAAACUAAUUAAAACAUUAUUUUGAUGUUUUUUUCGUUGCUAAUGUGAUCGAUUGGGGAUUUUAAUUAAUUUCAAGUUUCUUUUUGUGUAAAAAGUGUGGAUUUGAUGUCUCAAAAUUGAGGUCGAUGAGUGCUGAUUUGCAGAAAUCAUUACAUACCUACAUACUUCUUGGCUGUGCUGAACUUUUCCUUUGAUAAAAUUUGAUUUGGAUAAUAUAUUUAUUAAACAGUCCAAGGAAGUAAAAACAUUAUGAAUAAAGAAGACCUUGAUUUCGAUCCCAGCAUCCCCGAAGAUGAACGAAGAUUCUAUCUUAAGGCCUAUCCAAAUGUCAACCAUGUUAGAGAACGUAAGGUGCACUGCACAAUAUGUAAAAUGCAUAUUGGUACGGCCCCUUCCAACGAGAGCAUCAUUCGCAUGCACCCCAUUUUGCGAGUUACUCAUUGCAAAAAAUGUCAUGACUUCUAUAACAGUGGGGAAUUCAGCAAGGGCGAAGAUGGCAGCGAACUAUAUUGCCGUUGGUGUGGACAAGGCGGAGAAGUCUAUUGCUGCUCGAACUGCCCAUUUGUAUUUUGCAAGUCUUGCAUUAUUUCGAAUUUAUCAAGGGGAGUAGUUGCGGAUAUUGAACAAAAUGAAAAUUGGAGUUGUUUUAAUUGCGCUCCAAAAAUGUUAUGGCCGUUAAGAGCGCAACAUUGGGCUUUGAUAAAGUUCAUUGAUAAGCAGAAAAAAGCAAUUCUCAAUUCUAAUUUAUCUGAUGCAGAAAUAAAAGUCCAAAUGACUAAAGACCGAAGCUUAUGUUGCAAGAUCAAAAAAGUAAGUGGUUAUGGAACUGAUUCAUCGGACUCCAGUGACAUCUCCCUUUCUCGUCUGAAAAAGAAGGCAGGAGAAAAGAGAAGCCGAAAAUCAUUAUCAAAAGAAGAUCUCUCUGGUGGAGCUUCUCCUGCUCAAGCUAAAAAAGCAAAAGGAAAUGAUGAAGUUGUUUGCACUCCAGACGUUUUAAGCAUGCUAGAGCCGGAAUGUACUUUGACAGUGCCUACUAAUUCCAAGACACCCACAAAUUCUCAGCCUUCAACUUCCAGCCCAAAAAUAAUGUCUAUUCAGCCUCCUGCUAAACGCAUUAAUACUCCUCCAUUGCUGGUUCGAAAUGCCCAGCCUGCACCUUUGCGUUCCUUAGCUCCAGCUCAAGUUCUUAAGAAAACAGUGGUUGGACCAAGAUUGCCUUCAGGCCAAGGAUCAGACUACACUACUCCCGUAUACCACACAAUCAAUGGUUAUCGUAUUGAUUUGAAUUCAGCGGCUCAGCAAGAAACUGUCCGAUUGCCAAAUGGGAAAUUAAUUCAGGUUAAGCGACAGGGAACUGGACCACAACAAGUAACAACAGUUCAAAAUGCUCCAACUCAACAUUCCACUCCGACAAGAGUUAUUCACAAUAUAAGUGGCCCAAAUGUUUCACCUAUUGCGAGUGUUCCCACUCAGCAAAUAGUUCACUCUAGUGGUGGACAUAUUAUCCGCACACAAUUGCCAGCUCCUCGUUCGAUUGCUAUACAAAAUACUGGUCUCGUUAAUCAGUUCCAAAUACAACAUCAACAGCAGCAACAACAACAACACCAGCAACAGCAGCAGCAAUCGGCACCGGUGCAGCCUCAAUUCCAGCAAAUAACAAUACGUCAGCCGAAUCAACAAAUCGCCACUAUUCGCUAUCAAGGUAAUUCAACCCCCCAGGUGGCAAAUAUGAUGCAAAAUGGAACAAUGCAGAUUUUGAAUGGAACCCAGGUGACAAAUUCUGCCGGCCAACUGCCCAAUAUUCGACCAAUGCCAACGUUCAUAAAACAAUUCUUCCCCAACACUCCACUGGGUCAAUCGCGCACUCAAUUGCAAAGUCAGAUCUUCAAUGCAAUGGAAAUUUGUCAACAUUUGAUGGGCAAAUUACAGACACUCACCAAUUCGAAUGCGUAUAAAACAGCUAAGAGUAUGACCGAUGUAAAAGAACUUUACAUUCACCUCUCGUACUUGCUCACAUAUGCAAUAGGAAGAUUUAAAGGGCUACAAGAUAAUUGUUUAGCUGAUAUGAGAGAUCUAGGAUUUACAAAUGAUGCAAAUAGCUUAGAAAACGGCCAACUUGCUGCAGAAAAACAAGCUAGUGAUGCUGAAGAAGAUGAAAUUACAAUUGUCGAACCGAAAACCGAUACAAUCAACUUAGACUCUGAUAAUGAAGAUGAUCUCCCUCCGCCGCCAAGUAAGUCAAUGGGAAAUCAUCCAGCAAAAUCUGUCAUCACGAGUAACUCCAACUUGAUCACGCACACCAAUCAGGUGAGGUCUGAACAAUCGCCGCCGAUUGUUACUCCGACAACAACAACCAACGCAGACGAUGAAUUAACAGCGGAAUAUGAUUUCUCAAAGGUUGCAAGUCUUCUAGCUGGUAUGUUAGAGGUCGAGCUAACCGAGGGCGGAAACGAAAGUCCUCAGGCGCCUAAAAAACCACGUAAAAAGACCACAAACAAACCGAAUCCAACAUUAGUCAAACAGAAAGAAAUACAAGAGCGUGAACGCUUGGAAAAUAUUAAAAAGAAUUGCGUUAAGUUGAAAAUGGAGGUUCAAAUUCCGCUUAAUAAAGUGGAGGAUAUAUAUGAAUAUGCCAAGCCCAUGCUUGAGGAACUUAAACAUGAGAAGUUAAAGGCAGAUGAAAACGAGUUGUCAGAGAAUGAAACUUCGAAGAAAGAAGAGGAAGUAGAAACAAAGAAUGAGCAAGAAGGGGAUAAGAAAGCAGAAGAAACAUCCGAAAAUGAUAUUGAGAAAAGUAAUCCGGAGAAGGAAAUACAAGAUAAAGAAGACUCUGAGGAAAUGGUUGUUGUGCUUGUCGAAGAGGCUGAUACCUUAAAUGUAAAUGAAGAAAAUGAUAAGAGAACAGCUGAUAGUAAAAAUGACGAAAUGGAAGUCGAAGAUGCUGACCCUAUUGAUCAGGAAGAGUCUCAAAAUAGUGAACGAGAACUUGUUCAAAAGGAAAAUUCCGUGCAGCCAGACCAAGAUGGAGAUGUAAUCCAGCCAGAUCAAGAGGAAGAUUCAGUGCAGCAAGAUGAGGGAGAAGAUUCAAUGCAGCCAGAUGAGGAGGGAAAUUCAGUGCAACCAGAUCUAGAAGAAGAUUCAAUGCAGCCUGAUCAGGAGGAAGAUUCAGUUCCACUUAAUCAUGUUAUUGAUUCAGAACUCCCAAAGGAAUCAGUCGAGAACAAUGAAAAGAAUAAUGAAAGUGAAGGCAGCGAUGAAUCAAAAAAUAAAGAAGAAGUUGUUGCAAGCGUAGAAGUUAACGACGAGGACGCCGAAAACAACGAAGAGGAAGAAGAAGAAACUGAAAUGUUAAUAGAUAGCGCAAACAAAAAAAACUCUGAGCUGCCAUUAAACACAAAAUUAGCUGACCAAAGUAACGCUGAAAACGACACUGACCCGCUGAAAAGCGAUGAUUGUGAUAAGGAUCAGUUGCUUCCAGUCGAAGACAAACAAAACAAAAAUGAUAAAGACGUUGAAAACAAUAUCGAAAGUAGUAGUCUCUCGCACAAUUACAAUACCAUCUUGGGCAGAACAGAGGUAGUUUAAAUCUAGGCAGGCACGACAAAAUAUUUCAAAAUUUAUAAUAAUUUUAUAUAAGCUAAGUAAUUUCUGCAUAUAAUUAUUUAUUGUUUUCUAUUGCAAUACUGUUUACGUAUGUUUGUUUUAUUUUUAUUUCUUUUUUACUUAAGAAACUCAAUUAACGGAUAAGUUUCCGUUGCUUUAUAAUAUUACAAUAUUAUAAUUUUUUAAUUAUUAUGUAAAUAGGAAAACAAAAUAACCGUUAAAUAAAUCUUAGUUAUUUUUGUAUAUUAAAAAUAGGUUAGUGAUGAUCUUGAAAAGAAUUAAAUUGCAGCAUUAAACUAUGUUAAAUGCUAAAUGGAAAAUAUACUAAAUAAAUGUGAAAACACAAUUAUUAUUUUUAUUUUAAAUUUCGUUUGUGUUUGUUUCAUUUGUAUAGACGACGCGUGCGUCGGGGUGGUGUGUGAGAUAUUUUUUUAAACAAUUUUAAUUCUAAUAAAUGUAUGUAUGAACUCAAAAAUG